GGUAGAGUCUGCGAGGUGAGUGGUGACGAAACCGGAACUGAACCGCAACCAAACUUUUUGCCCACCGCUAACUGAUAGGUUUUCUGCAUUUUGGAAUGUUACUGAAAUCACUCGUAGGGAGUGCCUGCACUCUAGUAGGAGCGGCCACAGCUUUAAAACUUGCGCCUGUGGAAGUCAAGGCCCAAGCAGCGGCUCUCCUGCACAACACCGUGAGAAAAACGUCAGUGGUGGAGCAAGCCAACAUGAAGAUUGAACUUCUGCCAGCUCUCACUGACAACUACAUGUACCUGCUCAUCGACACCGACACCAAAGAAGCAGCAAUCGUUGACCCCGUGGAACCUGUGAAGGUUGUGGAGGCAGUUAGAAAACAUGGCGUAAGGCUCACAACAGUGUUGACCACCCAUCACCACUGGGAUCACGCUGGUGGCAAUGAGAAGAUGGUAAACCUCAUGCCCGGCCUGAAAGUCUACGGAGGAGACAAACGCGUCGAUGCCAUAACAAAGAAAGUCUCUCACGGCAACAGUUUCAAAGUUGGCUCGCUUAACGUCAAAUGUCUGUUCACGCCGUGCCACACCACCGGCCAUAUCUGCUACUAUGUCACCAAAGAUGACAGCUCCGAGCCUCCCGCUGUCUUCACAGGGGACACACUAUUUGUUGCAGGCUGUGGGAAAUUCUUUGAGGGCACCGCGGAGCAAAUGUACAAAGCCUUGAUUGAAAUUCUGGGACGCCUGCCUUCUGAAACGCGAGUCUACUGUGGUCACGAGUAUACUGUCGGCAACCUGAAGUUUGCUCGCCACGUCGAGCCAGACAGCGAGGUCAUUCAGAAAAAGUUGGCAUGGGCAAAGGAGAAAUGCAGCAAUGGUGAGCCUACCAUCCCAUCCACUUUGGCUGAUGAAUUCACCUUUAACCCAUUCAUGAGAGUCAAAGAGAAAUCCGUACAAGAUCACGUCAAACAGACCGAUCCCAUCGAAGCCAUGAGGAGCCUCCGUAAAGAGAAAGACGCCUUCCGAGUGCCCAAGGAGUGAUGUUGCCCGCUGGGACUGAAACCACUGAUAGCACUGCAAUAUGUCCGCAUUACCGAAACUGUCUGCGAGUCACAUGAUGCAACAUUCGUUCUUCAUCAAUGCUCACGCUGAGCCCCAGUUUGGCUUCAAAACGAGCAGUCGAGUUGUUUAGCGACUGCCAGGGUUGGUUUUUUUUCGGUAAAAUGUGACCAUUGAACAACUGCUUUAAAUCAGAACAAAUAGUUUUAGUCUGUUUAGGUACGUUCUGUAAAUACAUAUGUUCAAAAACAAAUUCAGCUGUUAAAACCACAUUUUAUUUCCAAGAUGGGAUGUUUCUACUUAGCGUUCAAUCGAUAAUUAAUGGGAAGUUGUUCAUCUGAUUACGCAUGAUUUGAACAGUUCAUGCUCAACUCAUUGUGUAGAUAUCAAAUGUUAGAUGGGCUGAACAUUUGUUUCAGUACAAAAGUACAAGUAUUUACAUUGUAAAUUUGUAAUUAUCUAAUUGUAUCAGGGAGCAUGAGGCUAAUUGUACACUGUUGGGUCCUUUGUGUAUCUUAAAAACAAAUUUAUCUGCUAAGCUAAUUUAUAUGUGUGUUAAUUUGGCGGAGAACGCGUUCAUUUGCUUUACUUAUGCACUGCGUCAUCACGAUAAUUUCGCGAGAUCUUGGGCUAAGAGAAGUCGUCUUAAUAAAAACAAAACCUAUGUA